AUGUUACCUGUACUUCUGCUUAUUGUAGCAGCAAAAACGAGUUUCACUUGUGGACAGGUAUUGGUACCACCGUAUACUAAUCUGGCACUUGAUAGGAAGAUUGAAGCGUCCUCGACAUGUGGUGAGCUUAACGGACAGCCGAUGAAAGAAAUCUUUUGUCAAAUAGCCGGAUCAAGUCAAUAUACUCCUUUAAAUCAAUAUUCGUACAGUACCGGUGAAGAUGGCGUUUCCGUCUUUGCUGAACUUAAAAUGGAAAAACAGUCGUUUGUUCAGGGCGGGCAGAUAUGCGAUUUUUGUCAAUCGAACAGUUCAUUUGCACAUCCAGCAAGAAAUAUGGUUGAUGGCAGAGCAAGUUGGUGGCAAAGUCCACCAUUAAGCCGCGGAAUACAGUAUAACCAAGUUAACAUUAGUAUUAAUCUGGAACAAGAAUUUCAUGUGGCUUAUGUAUGGAUCCAAAUGGCAAAUAGUCCUCGACCAGGAUCAUGGGUGUUAGAAAGAUCUAUUGAUGGGGGGAAAAGUUAUAUGCCCUGGCAAUAUUUUGCUGAAACACCUGCUGAAUGCGAUCGCUUAUUCGGACGUCACACACUCCAACCAAUAUUAGAAGAUGAUUCUGUUAUAUGCACUCACGAAUUUUCUGGAAUUCACCCCAUGGAGAAUGCAGAGAUAAUGAUAAAUUUGCUUGAGAACCGCCCAGGAAAACACAACUUUAGUCAUUCUGAAAUCCUUCAAAACUUCACUCGUGCAACAAACGUACGGCUUCGGCUUCUACGUACCAAAACGCUACAUGGGCAUCUUAUGGAUGUCAACCGACGAGAUCCCACUGUCACAAGACGGUAUUUCUAUGCAAUUAAAGAAAUCUUUAUGGGAGGUCGAUGUGUUUGUAAUGGACAUGCGGACACGUGUGAUAUUCUGGACAUUCGACGUUCUAAUAUACUCCUUUGCAGAUGUGAACAUAAUACUUGUGGAGAUCAUUGUGAAUUUUGCUGCCCAGGAUUUGAACAGAAAAUGUGGCAACGAAGCAAAGAGGGUGCCGAAUUUGUGUGCGAACCGUGUAAUUGUCAUGGGCAUAGCGAGGAAUGCGUUUAUGAAAAAGAACUUGAUAGAAUGCACUCAAGCUUAGAUAUUCAUGGAAACUACGAUGGUGGUGGUCGUUGUUUAAACUGCAGAGACAAUACAGAAGGCAUAAAUUGUAACAAAUGUAUCUUUGGAUACUAUCGGCCAAAAACAAAAUGGUGGAAUGAAACAGAUGUAUGUCAACCAUGUGUAUGCGAUCCCGCAAAACACACAGGAAAUUGUGAGGACGAAACAGCUCGUUGCGUUUGUAAGCCUCAAUUUACCGGAGUAAAUUGUGAUAGAUGCGCACCUGGUCACUACUCGCCUCCAAAUUGUAAACCUUGCGAUUGCUCUAUAAAUGGCACUUUGGAUGAUAUUUGUCUGCCUGUCAAUGGGCGUUGCCCAUGUAGAAGUAAUUACGGAGGAGAGUUUUGCCAGGUAUGUGCACCGGGUUAUACGAAUCUCUCAGCCGGAUGUAUUUCUUGCAAUUGCGAUGAACUCGGUUCACUGCACAAUAAUUGUAAUGAAAGCACAGCACAGUGUAUGUGCAAAACCAAUUUCGCUGGACUUACGUGCGAUAGUUGCGCUGAUGGAUACUUCGGUCAUUCUCAGUGUAAAUAUUGUGACUGUGAUACAAUCGGUACAGAGGACAGUAUUUGUGACAAAGUGACUGGCGCUUGCCUAUGUAAACCUGGAUUCUCUGGUUCUCGAUGUGAUGAGUGCAGUCUAUACUUUUAUGGCUAUCCGUUCUGCAGAGAAUGCGGCUGCAAUAAACAUGGCUCGAAAUCAGCAAAGUGUGAUCGAAAAAAUGGUGAUUGUCCGUGUUAUGCAAAUUUUACCAGCAAAAAUUGUGAUCGUUGUGCUGCCGGAUAUUAUGAUUUUCCGAACUGCAAACCCUGUUCGUGUAUGGCUAUUGGUUCUAAAGGAAUGACUUGUGAUAAUAAUGGCCAAUGUUAUUGUAAAAAGAAUUUUCAAGGUGAAAGGUGUGAUCAGUGUAAAACAAAUUUCUACAAUUUCCCAAUUUGUGAAGAAUGUAACUGUAAUCCGAAAGGCGUAGUAGCGGGUUUCGCUGGUUGUGAUAAGGUUGAACCGGGCGAAUUGUGUACCUGCAAAACACAUGUAACGGGUCGUAUAUGUGAUCGGUGCAAACCGACCUACUGGGAUUUGCAAUAUCACCACGAAGAUGGCUGUGUACAGUGUGAUUGCAAUUUGGCUGGUACACUUUCGGGACUGAAUGAAUGCAGUAUUGAGGUGGGACAAUGCAAUUGUAAAAGGCAUGUUGUUGGUCGUCGAUGUGAUAAAUGUGCUGACGGUUUUUUUCAACUAGAAGUGCAUAAUCAGUUUGGAUGUCAAGCUUGUAAUUGCGAUAUUGGUGGUGCGCUGGGGAUUGGCUGCGAUAUGCAAACAGGGAAGUGUCGCUGCAGACCUCGGAUUACUGGACAGAAGUGUGACAGGCCAAUCGAAAAUCAUUAUUUUCCAACGCUGUGGCACAAUAAAUAUGAAGCGGAAGAUGGCAUAUCAAUGGAACAGAAUGCCGUGCGUUUUACCACCGAUAAAAACAAAUUCCCAAAUUACUCAUGGAGAGGAUAUGCGGUAUUCUCACCGAUCCAAGAAGACAUUUUAUUGGAUGUUGCAAUUAGCAAAGCCAGUCUUUAUCGUCUUUUGUUCCACUAUAUUAAUCCAACAGAUGUUCAAAUUGAUACCAGAAUUGCGAUCAUGCCUCUUUUCACGCAUACUCAAGAUGUGGAGCAAAAAACCAGAUUGAAUCUUCCAUCAACGUCUGAACCAACAACCAUAGCCGUCAAUCCCCAGCAGCCAUUCAUCUUAAGUCCUGGAAAAUGGCGCAUUAAGAUUUCAACAAAACAACGACUUUUUUUGGACUACAUCGUACUGCUACCCUCAGAAUAUUAUGAAGGAACAGUGUUGAAGGAGCGCAUUUUUGAACCUUGUCAAGUAACUGGUUCUCAGAACACAACGUGCCUAGAAUUGUUGUAUCCACCACUCCCGACUAUGUCACGAGCAAAUAUCAUUGAAUAUGGACUUAUCACAGAAGAACAAAAUGAUAGCAGCACACAACGAGUUGAGAAGAUACUGAUAGAGAACUUAUUUACGAGUACUAAUGAAGCAGCGUUUGUGCAAACUAACAACGAAAGUCGUAAAAUUCGCAUAUCUUUGAAGGUACCAGAAAAUAAUUAUUAUAUUCUCUUGAUGGAAUACUACAAUGCAGACUCAGCAAUUUCAUUAGGUUUAGAAAUGAGGCAGUACGAUCAGCUUCUGAUGAAGAAGAACAUUAUCUUUAAACACUGUCCUUAUUCGACAUUUUGUCGCGAUAUUGUAUCAUCUGAUGAAGGCAUUGCAUUAAUGCAUUUGAAAGAUGGUGGAGAUGUGGAAAUUACAUUAAUUGUUGGACCAAAACAUAAAUUUAGUUUAGCUGCAGUUAAUCUUAUUAAGAUGGAAGAUUGGGAUAUCACCUACCUUCAACAAGUUCCUGUAUGUAUCCGUAAAAAUGGACAUUGUGUAACUCAGUGGUUCCCUUUUGUAGCAAAUGGUAUGUUGAAUGAAGCUGAGUCACAAAUAAAUGCUAACAAUUCAAUCAUUGGUGAAAAGUUGCCAUUUAUUAUUGCAAAUCCGAAAGAAGUUCAAGUUAUAGCGCUGGAUGGAAAUAUGGGUACAGUAGAAGUGUCUGGAGUAGUACCAUCUCAUGGCGAUUAUGUUUUCAUUGUACAGUACUUCAAUCCUGACAACACGUUGCUAACUGUUGAUGUUACGCUCCAAAAUGGACAUCUUCAUCACGCAGAGAUAUCAUUUUCCUAUUGUCCAAGUGUUAUUGGUUGCCGAGCAGUAAUUCGAGACAAGGAACGGCGGGAUGUAAUACAGUUUUUCGUUGAUGAUAAAUAUACUGCGUCAUUUUAUUUUAAUGAAAACCAAAAAGGACCACUGUUUAUUGACUCGAUAACAUCCCUGCCAUUUCAUUCAUACAGCGAUACAUUGUUGAUCCCAUUGCCUAUCGAUAUCUCCGUUCAAUAUAUACAGGAAUGCAGUUUCAAUAACUUCAAAAAUGAUCCGUCAAACGUAAGUGAAUACUGUCGUCAGAAAGUGUUCUCCUUAACUUCUGAGCACAAUAUGGCAGCACUUCCAUGUGAAUGUAAUUCUCAAGGUAGUACAAGUUUCACGUGCGAAGAAUAUGGUGGCGAAUGUUCUUGCCGCUCGAACAUAAUAGGACGUCGAUGUGAUCGUUGCGCACCUGGCUAUUAUAAUUUCCCAGAUUGCAUUAAGUGCAAAUGUCCAGAUAAUCACUUAUGCGAUGAGAAUACUGGUCAGUGUUUCUGUCCACCACAUGUAGAGGGUAAACACUGCGACAGCUGCGUACCCUAUGCCUUCGGUUAUGAUCCUCUAAUUGGUUGUCAGUUAUGUGGUUGUCAACAAAAUGGCUCAGAAGCUCGGCAGCUUCAAUGCGAUCCAGACAGUGGGCAAUGUCUCUGCAAAGUCAAUGUUGGUGGCAGAAAAUGUGACAAAUGUUUGCCAGGUUUCUAUGGUUUUCCACAUUGUUACGAAUGUGCAUGCGAAAUAGAGGGUACCACCGAAGAAAUUUGUGAGUCAACCAGUGCUGCUUGUAAAUGUAAGAAAAAUGUAAUUGGUGAGAAUUGCGAUAUUUGUCGUCCUGGUACUUUCGAUUUACGUGCAUCAAACUCUGAUGGCUGUUCAGAGUGUUUCUGCUUUGGUGCUACCGAUCGCUGCCGAUCUUCAUUUCUUCCCAUUACUUUUGUUAAUUUUGAUGAGGAGGCUUGGAAAAUAUAUCCAAAUGAAUCUGUACUACAUACGCAUGGUAAGGUAGUAUAUGAAGCGAAAAUUGACGCUAAAGAUGAUGUUUAUUUUCUGGCCCCAAUACGAUCGGGCCACGACUACACCACUUCUUAUGGUUUACAACUAUCCUUCGUGGUAUUAUCGAAUCCACGAGAUGGUGAAACCAAAAUGAAUUCCGCACCUGAUGUUCAGUUGGUUGGGAAUAACACAGUUUUGGAUUUUUGGGCACGAGAACAACCAGUUAAUCCACGAAUACCAUUUAAUGUUGAUAUCAUACUUUUGCCCGAAAAUUUCAUGGAAUCCACAGGGGAACCAACGACUCGUGAUACUCUGAUGAUGGUAUUGCACGGCUUAGAUGAACUUAGGAUUAAGGCUUGUUACUAUACAAAUUGCGAAUUAGCGUCAAUUAGUGAAUUGCAACUUGAAAUAGCUAAAGAUGAUCAGACCACUAGUGACAGUUACACAGCUUCUUCUGUCGAAAUAUGCCAGUGUCCACUGCCUUAUACUGGACUUUCUUGUCAGCAAUGUUCUCCUGGUUACUAUCGCGUCAACAAUGGUCGGUAUCUUGGUUCUUGUGUUUCCUGCAAUUGUAAUGGUCACUCUGGAAGUUGCGAUCCGUCUACUGGAAUUUGUUUCAAUUGUGAGCACGAUACUUUUGGCGACCACUGUGAAUUUUGUCGGGUGGGAUUUUAUGGUGAUGCCACCAAAGGUGGACCUUAUUCAUGUAUGCCAUGUGCCUGUCCAUAUGCUACUAAUUCGAACAACUUUGCAACAAGUUGUCAGGUCAGUGAAACAGGACUGCUGGAAUCAUGUUUCUGUAAGGAAGGAUAUACUUCUGAUUAUUGCGAGCGAUGCGAUAUUGGCUAUUAUGGCCAGCCUACUGCAAUUGAUGGUUCUUGUCAUAAAUGCAACUGCAAUAAUAAUAAUAAUCUUGAAGUUGACGGGUCUUGUCAUCCAAUAACUGGCGAUUGCUAUCUUUGUUUAAAUAAUACUGAUGGUGCACAUUGCGAACAUUGCAAACCAUGGUUCUAUGGCGACGCUGUGGAAGCUAAAAACUGUACAAAUUGUGCAUGUAAUCAAUGCGGUAGUUCAUUAUGUGACAGCAGAUCUGGAAAAUGUGAGUGCUUAGCGAAUGUAGAAGGAGAAAAGUGUGAUCGCUGUGUGACGAAUGCAUGGGGUUUCAUACGCUGCCAUGGUUGUGAAAUGUGCAACUGCGCCUUGGCAUCAUCAAGUCCUCAGUGCGAUGCUGAGACGGGACAAUGUUCCUGUAUGCCUGGGGCUGCUGGACAGAUGUGCGAAAUCUGUGAGUAUGGCUACUGGAAUUACGGACCUACCGGAUGCUCCAAAUGUGAUUGUGAAGCAGAUUUAUCGAUGGGGACAGUGUGUGAUGUUAAUACAGGGCAAUGCCACUGUCAAGAGGGUGCUACCGGACCUCGAUGCGAUCAGUGCGCUUUGCACUACGUGCGAAUACCAAAUCUUGGAUGCCGAUUAUGUGAUGAAUGUGUUCACUCAGUGACGCAUGAUCUGGAUAAAUUAACCGAUGCUGUUGCUCUUGUUAAUGAAACAGUCAACAAUAUUUCAACAACUGCUCUCACGGGUGCCCGUCUUAAACGCAUUCAUAAGAAAAUUAACGAUUUGAAACCGAUAGUUGUAAAUCAUAUGAACUCAUCAUCUGAUGUGGAUAUUAAAAGUUUGAGCAGCAGCGGUAUAUUGGAUACAACUUCUAACGUUGUCAGUGUAAUUGUUCGUGCUAAUCGAUCCUUGGAUACACUUAGUACUAUGGGUAGUACCUUGAAUGGUAUCAUCAACAGAACUAAUAUCUUUCUCUCAGGUGUAUUUAAUCGUGUUGAAUCAGCUGCAUCAGUUGUUGAUUCCUUAAAAAAUCUAGUCUUCUCACUUGGCAAAGAUUCCGGUGCUGUUUACAAUCAGAAAUGGUUGAUGAAUUCAAAUUCGCUUUUACAAAAAAUUCGUGAUAGCGCGAACGAUGAAGAUGCUAGGAAACGAAUGAAAGAUGCAGAAGAUGAGACGCAAAAAUUACUGAGUCGUAUAAGACAGCUAAAGAAUAAAGACAAUGUGAUGUAUACGAAGUACUUUACUGUAAGAAAUCAAAUGGACAGACUCAUGAAUAACAUUACGGACUACCAUUCUUUUCUUUAUCGAGCGGCCAAUUCAGUUGAAAACACUCUUCAGCAAGUGAACAAUUCAAAUAUACGUCAUAUAAAUUCGGUGCAAGCUGGCGUGAAAGCAGGUGGAGUAAGAAUCAGAGAAACUCAUGCAUUUAUAAACAGUCUUAAAGAAACUUCGGAAAUCUCCAUAGAAUCAUUAAGUAAUUUGAACAAAACGCUCCGUGAAGUAAUAAGCGAAGUUCAAGUUGUCUUUGGUCAGCUAAAUAUUACGAAUGGCAGAUAUCGUCAUAGAUGGAUACGUAACAUUAAUAAGAAUGAAUACAGAGGCAAAUCGAAAGAACUAGAAAGUGAAGCAUUAUUUUUGUCUUCUUUGUUUGGUAGAACGCGAACCGAAGCAAAGAAUGCAGUAGCAGCCGCUAAUGGAUACAAAGAAUUGAUAGAACAUUUGAAAAAAGCACGAGAUGUUGCAAAUCAUACAUCUUUAAAUGCAGAGCAAGCUAGAAGGUUCCAUGAAGAAGGAGUGGCAGCAUCAGCAAGAACAUUCCGUGAACAGUCGGCUGAUUUGCUACGUUCUGCUGUUGAUCUAAAGCAGUCAAGUGUAAACAAUGUAGGUGGCCUGAAAGAUAUUUUCCUCGGAAAAGCAUUGGAAUUACAAUUCUUCAUUGAGAACCAGAAAAGGAUUUUAGAUAGCCUUCAUCCUAAGUUCGAUGAUUUAGAAGUGAAUGCAAAACUGGAGCAUUCACUAACUGCUUCGGAAGAGGCAAGAACAAGAACUGACAGUACCAUUUUCUUAUUUGAUCGCUUCAAGCCUAAUUUGGAAGAAAUGGUUAGUCGUAGCAAGAAGCUGGUUGAGUCAAUUUCUCUUUCUGCUAAUAAUGUGGAUACUGCUAGAGAGCAAAUUUUGAAGCUGGUAAAUGAAAGUUCACCGAUCAUGGAAGAGCUAAAAAUGCAGCAGCAUGCAGCUUUAAAUAUUUCGGCAACAAUAGAACAUUGUCGUGAAAAGCUAAAUUUGUUAAAAGAAAAGAUCGCUCUUUCGCGAGAUUUAGCCAACAGGAUCAACUUGGGUGCACAUUUCGAAAAAGGAAGCAUUUUGGAGUUACCAUUACCUCCACGAAUAACGCGUUUUGCUGCAUACACUGACAUAGACUUUUUCUUCAGAACUACGAACACUAGUGGUCUAAUAUUAUUCUUUGGUAAUGAACUUGGCGUUGCUGGAACGCGUGCUGUACCAACCGAUGAUUACAUUGCUGUUGAAGUAGUGAGAGGCCAUUUGCGGAUAGUUGUUAAUCUUGGUGAGACGCCCACACAACUGAUCUCGGACUCCUUUGUCACUGAUGGCAAUUGGCGAAAGGUGGCUGUAGAACGUGUUGGAAAAACAAUUAAACUUCGAUUAUCGUCACCAAGUUCAGUAAAUUACGAGGAGGAAAAAGCAAGAACUAUAGGUGGCUUCAAAUCGGUCCUCAAUCUCCAUCAAAAGAAAAGUCGCUUAUUUAUCGGCGGUGUUGUUCCCGGUGUCAAUAUUUCGCCGGAAAUACAUAAUCGUGAAUUCACUGGUGAUAUCGAAGAUUUACGCAUUCACGGUGAAACAGUUGGUCUGUGGAAUGCCAAAAAAGGAGGUAAUUACAAUGUGAAAGGUGCAAUGAAAAAAAUUUUUGCCACUUCGUUGACCAAUGAAAUUGCACUAAGCUUUAAUGGAGAUGGAUACGCUGUUUAUAAGCUGGGUAUUUGGAAUCCACGAAAGCAAACAAUUUUCUCCUUGACUUUUCAGACAUAUUCACCUGAUGGACUAUUUAUAUACCUUGGAAAGGAACGUGGUUUUCUGUCUCUUGAGCUACAAGAUGGUAGAGUGAAGCUCUCAUUUGAUUUUGGUUCGGGAGUUGCAAGAUUGACAAGUACUGGUAAUAAUUAUAACGACGGCAAACCUCAUUGUUUGUAUGUUCACCGGUUAGAACGUCAUGCUCGUAUGCAAGUAGAUGAUAGUGAUGUUUCGGAAGGCGACUCACCUGGCACAAUGUUCGAACUUAGCCUAUCUGAUGUUUUUUAUUUAGGCGGUGUACCAUCCGAUGUUUCGACACGCACAGCAGUUGUAUCAAUGAACGGAUGUAUAGAACAGGUGAAGUUGGACAAUCGUUUAAUGGAUUUGAGUAAAUCGAGAACUGCUAGAGGCGUGCAGUUGGGAUGCAGUGCUCGAAAUGUACGCGUUGUGUCAAUGGUAUCCGAACGUUCAAUCGCUACUUUCAGUGGUUUUAAUGUUAAAGAAGAUUAUCUCGAAUUAACAUUUCGAUUUAAAACAAAACGAUCAUCUGGUAUUCUUGCAUCAGUUAUUUCCGAUGAACAAGAAGUCUUGUUGCAACUGCGUUACCUAAAUGGAUUUAUUUUGGCUGAGUACGGAUCUGAUAACAAAGAUGUUGCUCAAAUCGAAUUCAGAUCAAUCGCUGAUGGUCAUUGGCACUACCUCGCAUCUAUAGUGAAACCAGAAACUAUACGACUAGAUUUGGAUGAUCUUUAUUCAAAUGAAAUUCGUAGGAGUGUUGCAGAUAAUGAGGUGGUUGGUGUACCGAUCAUUGUGCAGUUUGGUCAGUCACUCGAUUCUAACCUAUAUUUCGAAGGAUGCAUCGGUGAUGCAACAUACAAUGGUCAAUUGCUCGAUUUUGCUGAGGCAUCAACUAACGAAGUGGGUCUAACAGACUGUUCUUUUCUGGAAGACAUUUCAACAACAGAUAUGUCUUCUGGACAAGCAACAAGAAAUCAACCUAUGAAUGUCUCCAUACCUGCGACAAACAGCAUGCAACCAGUUGUGACAGAAACUGAUAAUGAAUUCACUGCAGAAAAUAGAAUAUCAUCGGACACACCUUCCCUUACAACACUGAGAGGAAUUGUUCGCAAAUCAGACGAAUGUGCACUUUUGAAAAGAUCGUAUGGCAAUAGACCUAAUUCCAGCGGUACUCGAUUUGGUUUAUCUCCUUCAUCACGUCUUGAAUUUGAUAAGCCACCUUCUUCGUUUGAUAAAAACAGUCUCUUCUCGAUACAGUUGCGAGCCACAGCAUCAAAUGGAAUAAUUAUGUUCACGACGAAUAACAGACAUACUGAUUACUUAGCCUUAUAUCUCGUGAAUGGCAUUGUUCAUUUUGCUUACAAUUCUGGAUCAGGACAAGCUGUUCUAAAAUCAAAUAGAAGUGUAAUGGACUAUGAAUGGCACAGUAUAAGAGCGGAACGUGAAGGACUUGCGGGAACAUUAUAUAUUGACAACGUAAUGGAAGCAAAUGGACAAUCUCCUCCUGGAACCGAUACAGUUGAUACUCAACCACCAAUCUAUAUUGGGGGACUCCCAACAGAUCUUGUGCCGUUUGCAUCCAGAAUACUACAGGGUGCUAAAUCAGUUUUUGGUGGAUGUUUGAGAGAUUUCAAGCUUAACGAAAUGAAGUUUGAUGUGCCACCAGUAGAGAUUGGUACAGUGCCAUGCAGUCACUACACUGAAGAAGGACUAUAUUUUGGAGAAAAUGGUGGCUACGCUGUAUUAAACAAAAACUUGAAGGUUGGUUCAUCGUUCAAUAUUGAGUUAGAAGUGCGACCGCGGACAAAAACUGCUGUUUUAUUAUCAGUUGGUGUUCUGGAAUAUUUAACACUUCAAUUCUCCAAUGGCACGGUUAAAUUCACAGUGGAUAAUGGUGCAGGUCAGGAAACGGUAGUACACGUACCGAGCACUACCAACGCUCUCUGUGACGGACACUGGCAUCAUAUAAAGCUUUACAAAACGAAGAAUCUGAUGACUUUGACUGUCGAUGGCAGAAGCAGUUUAAACAUAAUGAAGAAAGGUAGAAAGACGGACACGAAUACAAAGGAUCCUCUGUAUCUAGGUGGUGUUCCCAAAGGCAUUAAAACAAGAAGUUUGGAAACAACAGAUGGAUUUUUGGGUUGUGUUCGUGUUUUAAAUAUGGAAAAGAAACCGCGGAAACGAAAAAACAUUGACUUGUCACAAGUGUCUCUAUUUGGUGAUAUUACAAAAAAUUCGUGUCCUGUUAAUUGA